AUGAAGAAUCUGAAUAAUGUGUCUGAAUUCAUCCUCUUGGGACUUACUCAGGAUCAAGAAUUACAGAAAGUCUAUUUUGGUCUGUUUUUGAUCUUCUAUGUGGCAAUUCUGCUGGGGAAUUUCCUGAUCAUUGUCACAAUUAAGAGCAGUCACCAUCUGAUUUCUCCCAUGUAUUUCUUUCUCAGUUACCUUUCUUUUGUAGACAUCUGUUAUUCCUCAGUCACUGCUCCUAGACUGAUAGCUGACUUCCUGGUUAAAAAGAAAACCAUCUCUUUUGUUGGUUGCAUAGCACAACUCUUUGUAGUCCACUUUUUUGGCUGUACUGAAAUUUUCCUUCUCACAGUGAUGGCAUACGAUCGAUACAUUGCGAUCUGCAAGCCUCUCCAUUAUCCCGUUAUUAUGAAGAAGAGUGUCUGCAGUUGGAUGGUGGUUCUCUCAUGGCUGGGUGGGUUUGUACAUUCAAUGGUACAGACACUCCUCACCAUACAGCUACCCUUCUGUGGUCCUAAUGAGAUUGAUCACUAUUUUUGUGAUGUCCACCCUUUACUGAAAUUGGCCUGCACUGAUACCUACACAGUUGGACUCAUUGUCAUUGCCAAUACUGGCAUGAUUUCCCUCAGUUCUUUUCUCGUGUUGACUAUUUCUUACAUUGUUAUCCUAUUCACAUUGAGGACUCGUUCUUCCGAAGGACGUCUCAAGGCUCUUUCAACCUGUGCCUCCCACAUCACAGUCGUGAUUUUGUUUUUUGGCCCCUGCAUCUUCCUUUACAUGAGGCCUUCAACCACGUUCUCAGAGGACAAAAGUGUGGCUGUUUUCUAUACUAUUAUCACUCCUAUGCUCAAUCCAUUAAUUUACACCUUGAGAAAUGAAGAGGUAAAAAAUGCCAUGAGAAAAUUAUGGAGCAAAAAUUUGGGGUAG